AACUAUUUUUUUUUUCAAACAUCAAUAUAAACAUAUUCUGAGUUUCUGACGUUCAUCCUCACACUUCUCUCCGUCUUUCUGACCUAAACCUUCAUCAUUCAAAACCCUUACAUCCAGCCGCAGCCGCCUGCCGCCAGCCACUGACCAUCUUCAUCCUUCACCGACGUCCGCGGCCACGCCCCACAGAAACUAACGCUCAGCCACAGCCAGCCCCAGCCACCAAAACAUUAGAAUGGCUACCUCAGAAGAGGAAAUAACCAAACUAUACAGAAUCCAGAGGACAAUAAUGCAAAUGUUGAAUGACAGAGGUUACAUUGUGGCUGACCAUGAGCUCAAUUUGUCGAAGCAGCGAUUUAUAGAUAAAUAUGGUGAGCAUAUGAAGAGGGAUGCCCUUUCUAUCCAAAAGACCAGACGGAAUGAUAGCUCUGAUCAGAUAUAUGUUUUCUUCCCCGAAGAGCCGAAGGUUGGUGUUAAAACAAUCAAGAGUUACACCAACAUGAUGAAAAAUGAAAAUGUUUCAAGAGCAAUUUUGGUGGUUCAGCAGAACUUGACUCCUUUUGCCAAAACUUGUAUAAAUGAAAUCUCCUCAAAAUUUCACCUGGAGGUUUUUCAGGAGCCAGAGCUCUUGGUUAACAUCAAGGAACAUGUUCUUGUUCCUGAACAUCAAUUACUAACUGAUGAAGAAAAGAAGACCCUGCUCCAAAGGUAUACCGUCAAGGAAACCCAGCUACCAAGAAUUCAAAUGAAUGAUCCGGUUGCAAGGUAUUAUGGACUUAAGCGUGGACAAGUUGUGAAGAUCAUACGGCCUAGUGAAACAGCUGGUAGAUACGUCACUUAUCGAUAUGUUGUGUGAUUUUUGCUGUAAUCUCCCUGUAGCUCGACUGUAGUAAUGUUAUUUUUGAUUUGCUUACGUGAAGCUUUUUCGACAUAGAUAACUAUUCUACAUUUGAUGGUAACUUUAUCAUGGUGAACAUGUUUUAAGUUGUAUUAUGUGGAAUAUUAUAUUGAUUCAUUUAGUAGAAUUUGGUACACCCUCUA